AUGGAGCAAGCAUGCGAAGACAUAGACCAACUGUUCAGCAAUUUAUUGGGAGAAAUGGAUCUGCUGACACAGAGUUUGGAAGUUGAAAUUGGCCCACCUCCACCUGCCAAAACAUCUAAUGAUGAAUUUAAUUUUGCGGUUGGUUUUAAGGAUUUAAAUGAAUCCUUGAAUACACUGGAAGAUACCGAUUUGGAUGCUUUAAUGGCUGAUCUUGUAGCAGACAUCAGUGAAGUAGAAAAGAAGACUACUUCCCAAGAACACAAGGAUGCUAUUCAGUAUCAGCAAGCUGCUGGGACUCAGCCUUCAGCAAAUUAUGCUGCCGCUUAUGGUUCUCAUGUAUAUGACACAGUGGAGAAUGACUUGCCGCCUCCCCCCGUAGACCUGACCUUUGACCCUCCACUGCCAUCGCCACAGCCACCACCCCCUACUAUAUCACUCACACAGGAAGAACAAGAGGCACAAGCAAAAGCAGAGAAGAUUAGGCUUGCGUUAGAAAAACUGAAGGAAGCCAAGGUUAAAAAGCUUGUUGUCAAGGUGCACAUGAAAGAUAACAGCACAAAGUCACUGAUGGUGGAUGAGCGGCAAACGGCACGCGACGUCUUGGAUAAUCUCUUUGAGAAAACCCACUGUGACUGUAGGGUGGACUGGUGCCUUUAUGAAAUAUACACAGAGCUACAAAUUGAAAGAUUUUUUGAAGAUCAUGAAAAUGUGAUAGAAAUCUUAUCAGACUGGACCCGGGACACCGAAAAUAAGAUUCUGUUUUUGGACAAAAGUGAAAAAUACGCUGUGUUUAAAAACCCUCAGAAUUUCUACAUGGCAAACAAAGGGAAAAAUGAAAGCAAGGAAAUGAAUGAGAAAAACAAAGAAGCUUUACUGGAGGAAAGCUUCUGCGGCACAUCUGUGAUGGUGCCAGAAAUUGAAGGGCCUCUUUAUUUGAAAGAAGAUGGAAAGAAGUCCUGGAAGAGACGUUAUUUUCUUCUGCGAGCUUCUGGAAUUUAUUAUGUACCCAAAGGAAAGACCAAGACGUCUCGGGAUUUGGCUUGCUUCAUCCAGUUUGAGAAUGUAAAUGUCUAUUAUGGUGUCCAAUUCAAAGUGAAGUAUAAGGCACCUACAGAUCACUGCUUUGUCUUGAAGCAUCCUCAGAUACAGAAGGAAUCGCAGUAUAUCAAAUACCUGUGCUGUGAUGACAAGCAGUCGCUGCAUCAGUGGGUAACUGGUAUAAGAAUUGCAAAGUAUGGCAAGACGUUGUAUGAUAACUACAAAUGUGCACUGCAGAGAGCUGGCUUAGCAUCUCGAUGGGGAAAGCUGGGGAAUGCUGAACCCACAAUUGCUGCCGGAUCAUCUCCAAAAGGGAGGACUCAUGCAAACGGGCAGAUACCCAAAGCCACAGCCCUCGCAACCCCAGAUUCUUCAGAGAGCGAAAAACCUACUGACAUGCCAAAGGCUAAUCGAUCAGACAGCAUCUGCAACUUCACUCCAGUGCAGCUGCCUGCCACGCCACAACUGAGGCACCAGCGCAAACCUGCGGGGAUGCAGCCUCCCCGCCCUCCUCAAAGACUAUCUUCUGCGGUUACGACCUCCUUGUCCAUGCCCGCAAGUGCGGUGAGGACAAGCACACCUUUCACGACAGACCCGGCGGAAUUUCCACCACCCCCUGAACUGAUACCCCCGCCCCCUGAAUUGGUGGACUUGCCCCCACCCCCUCCUGACUUCUACGAAGCGCCUCCUGAUUUUGUGCCCCCGCCACCCCCUUCCUCUGCUAAUGGUGAUCCAGAUCUACCACCUCCUCCUCCUCCCCCCUCCGUCUCUGCCCCCGCACUCCUCCCUCCAGUCCGAAAGAAGAUUGUUCCUCCUCCUCCUCCUCCUAAAAGACACGAAGCCAGCAGGGUGCAGGGAGAAGAGACCAAAGAAAGUGAGCCACAUCCGGCCGAGGAUGCAGCUGGGCAAGGAGAUUUCAUGUCUGACUUGAUGAGAGCUUUGCAGAAGAAAAGGACUGAGAUGUCAUGA